UCAGUCUAUAUUUUCACACACAACACAAAGCAAAGAGAGAGGUAGAAGAAAAACUGUAAGUCAAAAAAAAUGGAUAUCCCUACCUCAGAAAGGCUAGCAACAAUUCAGCAAGAAAUCCGUUGGGUAGAAACCCGGAAGCUCCAAUAUGAGGAAAUGCUGGGUCUGUUCUGGGAGCACCUGCCUGCCAUCGAUCCAGAGGAGUCGAAUAUACGCAAGCAACGGCUCCGGGAUAGCAUUAGAGCUAUGGAAGAGAGGAAAUAA